UCACGUGAGCAGAAGCCUACGUGUACAGUCGCCUUUCUAAUCCUGGUCUUGGUUUGGUCCGAUUGUCAUCUGCCUAUUGCCCCAAAGGCGGGCGGGCCUGUGGCCAGGGAAUGAGAAGGAGGGAACUGCCGGAAUCCCAACAGGACCUUGAAUUCGGAAAAGCCGGUAUUGGGACUCUCUGAAGUGCUGUUCUGUCUGUCCAGCCAUCCGCCUCUGCGGAGUCGCAGAUCUGUGUCUGUGGAUCUUGCGCCUGAAGGCUAAACCGACCGGAGUGCACUAAGAAGAGGAAUAUUAUCUAGAAACAAAGAAGUGGGUGUGGCGUCACCUCCGAGGAAGUGAUUUUCGGGAGUGUGGUGGAAGAUUGGAGGAGAUGGAAGGAGGAGGGAGAGAGGUCCCACUGUAUCUGCAGCUGUCACAGAGCCUGCCAGCCAUAGCUAAAGACUCCACCCUUGUGGGAUCACUCUUCUGGGCCAGAGGAAGCCCUCUCUGCCUGGGUUAAGAAUUCAGCUCAGAUAUUCUUCAGAGUAUGGGUCGUACUCGGGAAGCUGGCUGUGUGGCCGCUGGUGUGGUGAUCGGGGCUGGUGCUUGCUACUGUGUAUACAGACUGGCUUGGAGAAGGGAUGAGAGCGAGAAAAUCUGGGAUGAGGAUGAUGAGGACGAUGAGGAAGAAUCUAGUGAUAUUGCAGAGACUGGGGUUCAGACUGGGAAAGGAGCUAAUGCUGGGGUAGGGGCUGCUGCUAGACUUCAGGGUGACUCAAAGGCCAGGACUGAGGUGGCUGUGGAACUCAAGAGUGGUCCAGAUGUAAAGGUGGAGGCCCACUCAUGGGCCCAGAGUGGAGGUGGCCUAGAAGCCAAGGCCAAGGCUCUUUUCAGCACUCUGAAGGAACAGGCAAGCACAAAGGCGGGCAAAGGGGCCAGGCUGGGUACCAUCUCUGGGACCAGGACCCUUGCACCGAGUUUACCCUGCCCAGGAGGCAGAGGUGGAGGCUGCCACCCCACCAGGAGUGGAGCUAGGGCUGGGAGCAGGGCAAGUAGAAAGUCCAAAGGAAGAACCCGAGCUAAGAGCACCAGGACUCCAGCUACAGCAUGGCCUGUUCGCAGGGGCAAGUUUAACUUUCCCUAUAAAAUUGAUGAUAUUCUAGGUGCUACAGACCUUCAAAAGGUCCUUAACAUCCUGGAAAGAACAAAUGAUCCUUUUAUACAAGAAGUAGCCUUGGUCACUCUGGGUAACAAUGCAGCAUAUUCAUUUAACCAAAAUGCCAUUCGUGAAUUGGGUGGUCUCCCAAUUAUUGCAAAACUGAUAAAAACAAAAGAUCCCAUUAUUAGGGAAAAGGCUUACAAUGCCCUUAAUAACUUGAGUGUAAAUGCUGAAAAUCAGGGCAAGAUUAAAACAUAUAUCAGUCAAGUGUGUGAUGAUACCAUGAUCUGUCGCUUGGAUUCAGCUGUGCAGAUGGCUGGACUAAGACUGUUAACCAACAUGACUGUGACUAAUCAUUACCAACAUUUGCUUUCCUAUUCUUUUCCAGACUUUUUUGCUUUGUUAUUCCUGGGAAAUUACUUCACCAAGAUUCAGAUUAUGAAACUAAUUAUAAACUUUACUGAAAAUCCUGCCAUGACAAGAGAGUUGGUCAGUUGUAAAGUACCAUCAGAAUUGAUUUCCCUCUUUAAUAAAGAAUGGGACAGAGAGAUUCUUCUUAAUAUCCUAACCCUAUUUGAGAAUAUAAAUGACAACAUAAAAAAUGAAGGGCUUGCAUCAUCCAGGAAAGAAUUCAGCAGAAGUUCACUUUUUUUCUUAUUCAAAGAAUCUGGAGUGUGUGUUAAGAAAAUCAAAGCAUUAGCAAAUCACAAUGAUCUGGUGGUGAAAGUAAAAGUCCUAAAAGUAUUGACUAAACUCUAAUUGGGGGUCCCAAACAAUACUGAAGUAUUUUUUUAGUUUGCCCUUGGGAACGAUGCAUUUUGUAAAUUGUUUUUCACUGUGCUUAUAUGGCAAAGAAAUACUUUAAGCUGCUAUUUUGGAAUAAUGAAUAUCACAAAUCAUCAACAGUAAUGCUGGUUAUGAUGGAUAGUUUUAAGCUGGACCAUUUUAAGGAUGUCAGAUGAAUACUAGAGCUUGUACAAUGAAAGCACUUAUUGAUUCCAUCCUGCUACUUAGAUUGAGAUGAUUUUACUCUUUACCUAAACUGACAGUAAACUAAUCAUGAAUAAGUUACACUUUUGUAUUGGUUUACAAUUGUUAAUCUUAGAUUUGUGUUUUAUCAAUAAAGUUGUUUGUUUUAACUAGCAAACAAAAAGAAAUUUA